GGCGCAAGCGUUGUUUUCUCUCAACAGAGUCCUCAGUCGAUGCAAGAGAUGGCCAGCCCAUUACUACUCUGAAGGCGGUUGCGUAAUAUUCUUUGCACCUAGCAGAUGGUCCAGCCACAACAGAGGAAAGAAGCAUGGUCAGAGGAUAAGCAGGCUGUCACAGACUUGAAACAAGAAACAGAGAUGGGGGCAUGGGGCCAAAGAUACUGCAAGGUGAGAGGAUUGAGCAUCCCAUUCAAAGGAUUUUGAGAACAUACGAGGAUGUCACUCAUUCCUGUCUCUUCCUCCAACCUCUCCUUCAGUUCCCCCACCUCAGUUCCCUUGAAAGAAAAGGGAAGGUUUGGGUCCAAACGACGGAGGAGGAGGCUGGAGAGAGGCUUCGAAAGACCGGCCACCAGGGCCUUGCGGCGGUCGGUGAUCGGAAGAUUGUUGCUGCGGCGGAGGUCUUAGCUCCAUCACAUCAACAUCCCACAGAAUCCAAUCCUGGGUUGCAGUUCUAUGAGGGAUGUCGUGGGUGACAUGAUUCCUCCAAGGAGGGACGCCGCCGUUGGCGCGAAGGUACUGGCCGUGGCGGGUUUUCAGGCGAACCUGAACGCCUUCUCUAAUGGGCUCCCACUCGACGGAGGUGUCAAGGCGCGGGGGAGUGGUCUGAAUCACUUUUUUCCCGGUCAUCCCGAGGAGGAACGGCGUGGAGGAGGCGGUCAGGUACUUGCUGUAGCAGCUUUGUAACCGUAUGGCCUGGUACCCUUCCACAAUCUCCACCGUCCAUCUGGCGUUCUUCGACAUCCCGUUCCGAUCCUGGCUCACGCCUUCCUGAUCGUCGUCGGCGAGCAGGUACUUGUCGUGGUGGCUUCGGAGACGGAUCACCCUCGCUUUCUCGAAUAGCUCCAUUUUACAUGUGCGACGAUAAUGAUUCAGAGAUUAAUGGUUUCUUUGCUGCAGAAUGCGAGAUGGGGACAAUGGAGGGAAUUUUUUGGCCGGCGGUUGGAAGAAUCGGAGGAAUUAAGAAGCAAUGAUGAAUUUUCGUAAGGGAUAAAAUUUCUGUUUUUAUUUUGCUGUCUUUUUUUUUUUACUGCGCGAUAUUUGAGAAUUACCGUGGAUAUCUUUGGCGUGUGACGUGUCUUUUUACAAGGAUUGAAAAUCAUUGUAUUGCAGC